CCGCGGGGGCCUCUGGGAAGCGUUGGCCGGCGUCUAACGGACCGAAGCUCGUGCUGCCCUCAGGCACAGCCGGCGCUGACCUUAGAGGCUCCUCAGACUCGGUCCGCACCGGCGGUGCCACUUGGGCGGCACUGAGGUGUGGAACUGUGCCUAUCUCCGCGGGUUCGCUGAUUCUUCAGGUAUUCAUUUAUUCAACAUACCAUUUAUUGACUGCUAUCUGUGUGACAGGAACGGUUCUAGAUGCUUCAGGUAUAGCGCUGAACAAAAGAGAAACACUCUGCUGUCAUGGUACUUACAUUUUCGUGGUCCAGAUAAUAAAUGAGCUUUGCCUUUUCAAGCCCUGUCUAUUACCAGAAAGAGGAAAUGACUGAAUCCCAGGGAACAGUGACAUUCAAAGAUGUGGCUAUUGACUUCACCCAGGAAGAGUGGCAGCAGUUGGAUCCUGCUCAGAGGAACCUGUACCGGAAUGUGAUGCUAGAAAACUAUAACAACUUAAUCACAGUGGGCUGUCCAUUCACCAAACCUGAUGUGAUUUUCAAGUUGGAGCAAGAAGAGGAGCCUUGGGUGGUGGAGGAAGAAGUGUUAAGGAGACACUAUCCAGGAGAAAUGUGGGGGAUUGAGCAUCAGAAAAUCCAGGACAGACUUUUGACACAAUUUGAAGAUAAAUACACAAAAACACUGACUGAAGAAAAAGUCAAUGAAUGUCAUAAGAAAUUUGCAAAUGCAUUUCCCCUUAACUUGGACUUUUUUCCUUCCAGUCACAAUCUCUAUGAAUAUGACUUGUUUGGAAAUUGUUUAGAACAUAAUAAUUUUGACUGUCAUCAUAAUAGAAUCCUUAUAAGAAAGGAACAUUCUGAAUUUAAUGAACCUAUGAAAUCAUUUUGCAUUAAUCCAUCCCAUCUUGCAGUAACUCCCUUUAAGUGUAAUCAUUGUGGGAAAGGAUUCAGUCAAACUUUGGACCUCAUCAGACACCUGAGAAUUCAUACUGGAGAGAAACCUUAUGAAUGUAAAAAGUGUAGAAAAGCUUUCAGCCACAAGGAAAAACUCAUUAAACAUCAUAAAAUUCAUAGUAGGGAGCAGUCUUAUGAUUGUAACGAAUGUGGGAAAGCUUUCAUUAAAAUGUCAAAUCUCAUUAGACAUCAAAGAAUCCAUACUGGGGAGAAACCCUAUGCAUGUAAGGAAUGUGGGAAAUCGUUCAGCCAGAAAUCAAAUCUCAUUGAUCAUGAAAAAAUUCAUACUGGAGAGAAACCAUAUGAAUGUAAUGAGUGUGGGAAAGCAUUCAGCCAGAAGCAAAGCCUCACUGCACAUCAGAAAGUUCAUACUGGGGAGAAACCUUAUGCAUGUAAUGAAUGUGGUAAAGCCUUCCCUCGAAUUGCAUCCCUUGCACUUCAUAUGAGAAGUCACACAGGAGAAAAACCUUACAAAUGUGAUAAAUGUGGAAAAGCCUUCUCUCAGUUUUCUAUGCUUAUUAUACAUGUAAGAAUUCAUACAGGUGAGAAACCCUAUGAAUGUAAUGAAUGUGGAAAAUCCUUCUCUCAAAGUUCAGCCCUUACUGUACAUAUGAGAAGUCAUACUGGUGAAAAACCUUAUGAAUGUAAGGAAUGUAGAAAAGCCUUCAGCCACAAGAAAAACUUCAUUACACACCAGAAGAUUCAUACUAGAGAGAAACCUUAUGAAUGUAAUGAAUGUGGGAAAGCUUUCAUUCAGAUGUCAAAUCUUGUUAGACACCAGAGAAUUCACACUGGAGAAAAACCCUACAUAUGUAAGGAAUGUGGCAAAGCCUUUAGCCAGAAAUCAAAUCUCAUUGCCCAUGAAAAAAUUCAUUCUGGAGAGAAACCCUAUGAAUGUAAUGAAUGUGGUAAAGCCUUCAGUCAAAAACAAAACUUUAUUACACAUCAGAAAGUUCACACUGGAGAGAAGCCUUAUGAUUGUAAUGAAUGUGGUAAAGCCUUUUCUCAAAUUGCAUCUCUUACUCUUCAUCUGAGAAGUCACACCGGAGAAAAGCCUUAUGAAUGUGAUAAAUGUGGGAAAGCCUUCUCUCAGUGUUCACUGCUCAAUUUACAUAUGAGAAGUCAUACUGGUGAGAAGCCCUAUGUAUGUAAUGAAUGUGGAAAAGCUUUCUCUCAAAGAACUUCUCUUAUUGUACACAUGAGAGGUCAUACAGGUGAGAAACCCUAUGAAUGUAAUAAAUGUGGAAAAGCCUUCUCCCAAAGCUCAUCCCUUACUAUACAUAUACGAGGUCACACAGGUGAGAAACCCUUUGACUGUAGUAAAUGUGGAAAAGCCUUCUCUCAAAUCUCAUCUCUUACACUUCAUAUGAGAAAACAUACAGGUGAGAAGCCUUAUCAUUGUAAUGAGUGUGGUAAGGCUUUUAGCCAAAAGUCACACCUUGUUAGACACCAGAGAAUUCAUACUCAGUAGAAAUAGAAACACUAUGAAUAUUGUGAAGAUGGAAAAGCCUUCAGAAUUAGCAUCUCCUUUCACGAAAGCCUUUUGAAGAAGUCACACAAUUGUGAAACAUGAGAAUUCUUAUAUGUGACAAAUUGUGUAACAAAUAAGUUGAACAUCAAAAACCUUGGUAGACCUCUGUUGAUACUUAUUCAGGAUUCUUAUUAAAAUAUGAAACAAGAUGUCUGCUACGAGCAUAUCAGCAUUACAGUUGAGCUCCUUUUGUAGCCAGUAUGUUAAGCAAGAAAAAGAAGAUUUUUGGGGAAGGAAGAAACUAUAAAAAUAUCCUCCUAUACAGGAAAUAGUUAAUUGGAUAAUGUGUUGAUAUAAAAUGUCUAAGGAUAACACAACAGCAAUUACAAGACACACAUAUAUAUAAAGUUACAAAAAACAUUUUGAAGGACAUAAAGUAGGACCUGAAAUUCUGAGAAAAAUAACACUGAAAACACAUUUUCAAAAAUAUAAAUUCACAAAUCUUUAAGGUACUUCCAUUCUAAGUUUUCACUAAAUUUUAAGAAUUUCACAAACUGAUUAUGAGAACAUAAAGGACUACAAAUAGCUGAAACAAGUGAAAAACAAGAGAAAACACAGUCUACCAGAUAGCAUCACAUAUUUAAAGCUGGUAUCUAAACAAUGUGUUCUUGCUAAAUAAAUGAAUCAGUGGAAACAAAACAAGGAUUGAAGAAAGGAGAUAAGGAAAUUUUUUGUAUGGUAUUGCUAUUGAAAAGUCAUUGGAGAAAGAAUGGCCUAUUCAAUAAACAGAAGAUUCAUUUGAACAAAAAAUGACAGUUGUCUACUUUAUACUAUAUAUAAAAAUAAAAUCCAGAUCGACUGAAGACUAGAAUAUAAAAAGCAAAAUUCUAAAACUCUGAUGAAAAUGAAAUAGAUUUAUUACUUUAGAGUAACUGGAUCACUCUAAGAACACAUAAAUAUGAAAUAGCCAUUUCUAUUUUGGUGUAUUGCACACAGAUACGGGCACGAAGAUACACAUCUCUAUGUUCAUCGUGGUUUGUAUUACACUAAAUUGGACAUAACAGAUUCUCAUUAGUAGAAGGAUAGAUUAAUAUCAUGUAAUUAUUGUUAUGAUAGAAUACAGUAUUUAGAGAGAAGGUACAAAUUUGACACAUAGUACCUAGAUCACAAUAUAAAUAUUGAGAGAAAAAAAAGCAAAAUGUACAAUGAAAAGAUGUAACAUUUGUAUAAGUUUAAUAAAAUAAUGCAAAGAACAGUA